UCAGCUGGGAAAAAUAACUAAACAAAAAGCCGGAGCGGAAGGAUUAUUUUAUGGAAAUACUUUUCCGAUCGAGUCGUCUAGUCGAUUCCUGUCUAAUAGUUCUCGGUUCGUUUGUGUAAUUGAACUAAAUUUGUUGUGCGCAUGUAAAAAAAAAUAUCAAGCUAUCUAAAUUACCUGUGAACUCAAUAUGGCUCAGAUGACCGAGAAGAGGACAACGUCGGCCCGAACGGGCACGGCGGCCAAGGAGAACCACAGCUUGGCGGGGCGCCACCACCAGCAGGGGCACCACCAGCCGGGCCACCAGCGCAGCGGCAAGGGCAUCGAGAUCCUCGACUUCCACGAGUCCUGGCUGGAGGAGGUGGAGCUGUACAAGGACAAGAUGGUCAUGUGCAAGAAGCUGGCCCACCACAACCACGUGCCCAACUCGGUGCACCAGCUGCAGUCGCAGCUGGCCGCCCCGAAUCGAAAUCAGGGCAGGAUCGUCCAGCCCGGCAACCCGCAGUACCGCGGCUCGGCCUUCGGGGGGCCACCUUCCGUCACCACCGCGUCCGCCUCCGCCUUCGCCUCCGUUUCCGCCCGCUCCCCACCGCCCGCUCAAAAGCAAAGAUCCCCGCCAUCGCCGCGGAAGCGCCUGACGCCCGAGAAGGUCUCCGCUCUCGGUGGCGCAGCGUCCAAGGCCGCCGGGCAACGCAUCGUCGUCCGGGGCUCCCCGCCCAACAACUCCCCACCCAAGAUCGUCUCGACGGCCAGCAAUGUCGCGCCCGUCGUCGCCAACAGCGUGCUCCAGUCGGAGCCCUACAAGAAAGUCCAGAUGCUAUUGAAGCGCGCGAGGGAGGAGGCCUUCGCCAAGCACUCGGCGAACAGCGCGACCGCCAACGGCACGGGUCCCAAGCGCUCCAGCCUCAGCCCGCCCAUCCAGGCCAGGGUCGCCCCCUCGACGCUGUCCUGCACGAGCACCCAGACGCUCAAGCCGUCGCCGGCCAGCAAGAUCGUGGUGAACUCGUUCCACGGCAGCAGCAUGCUGAGUGCCCAGCAGCAGCAGGAGGAGAAGAGCCGCCUGCUCACCCAGAACGGGCUGACCAAGUCGGCGGCCAGCGCGCUCGAGACGAGCCUGUACGCCUCCCUCUACGCCCACGCGCCGCAGAACAGCCAGCCGCAGUCCUUCAGCCAGCGGAUCCCCGCCGGAGACCACAGCGUGCCGUACGUGGGCGUCUCCCUGAACAAGGGAGCCGGGCACGACCACGACAAGAGGCACGAGGACGAUCCCUGCGCAGCCAUCGACGACAUCAACAACUACGACGACUCAGACUCGGAAGAGGAGUACGUGGGCACGCCGUUCUUCCUGGAGGAGGACAACACGGAGACGCGCCAGAGCAAGCACACCCGCCUGGUGCCGCAGAAGACCCCCUCGAAGGAGUCGGUUGCCACCACGGACACGGAGGCGUCGGUCUACUUCCGUCCGGAGGCCAUCCUCUCGCCCAGCCUCUUCCCGCACGUCCCUCCGUACCUGAACUUCACCUCGCACGCGGACAAGGGUCCGCCGAUGCCGGCCGCCCUGCACCGAGUCCUCAAGUGGAAACUGAGUCCCGUGAUGCCCAAGAUAGUCAAGCGGGUCGUACUCAAUUCCGGCUUCCGCAUCAUCAAGAACACCACCGACUGGAUGGCCGUGUGGGAGAAGCACAUGAAGAGCCCCGGGUUCCGCACCAUUCGGUCGCACCAGAAGUACAACCACAUACCCGGAUCGUUCCGAAUCGGACGUAAAGACACCAUGUGGCGCAGCAUCUACAACAAUAUGCAGAAAUUCGGCAAGAAGGAGUUUGGCUUUAUGCAAAAAUCCUACAUCAUGCCUGACGACCUGGAGAGCCUGCGCCAGGUGUGGCCCAAGAACGCCUCGAAGCUGACGAAGUGGAUUGUCAAGCCGCCGGCCAGUGCCCGCGGGACGGGCAUUCGCAUCGUGAACAAGUGGAGUCAGUUCCCCAAGGACCGGCCCCUGGUGGUCCAGAAAUACAUCGAACGGCCGCUGCUGAUCAACGACAACAAGUUCGACAUGCGGCUGUACGUGGUGCUGACCUCGAUCAACCCGCUGCGCAUCUACAUGUACAAGGACGGGCUGGCGCGGUUCGCGUCCGUGAAGUACAGCUCGGAGCUGAGCAACCUGGACGAGCGCUGCAUGCACCUGACCAACUACAGCAUCAACAAGUUCUCGCAGAACUACGCGAAGAACGAGGACUUCAACGCCUGCCAGGGCCACAAGUGGACCCUGCAGUCGCUCUGGUCCUGCCUGGAGAACCGCGGCGUGAACACCAAGCGCCUGUGGGCCACGCUGCGCAACCUGGUCAUCAAGGGCAUCGUCAGCGGCGAGUCGGGCCUGAACCGCAUGUACCGCCAGAACGUGAACUUCCGCUACAACUGCUUCGAGCUCUUCGGCUUCGACGUGCUGCUGGACGAGAACCUGGUGCCGUGGCUGCUGGAGAUCAACAUCUCGCCCUCGCUGCACUCGGAGCUGCCGCUGGACCUGCACGUGAAGGGCCCGCUCAUCCAGGCCGUGCUGAACACGGCCCUGUACCAGGUGCCGCCGAAGCUGAACGAGCGCCAGCAGACGGAGAUCCUCGAGGAGCUCAACCUGGCCGGGCCGCUGUGCCACGACAAGCGCAUCUUCACCACCUGCCUCACGGCGGAGGAGGUGCGCAAGCACAACCAGUACACCAACCGUAGCAUCGAGUUCCGCGAGGAGUACGUGGACACCAUCCUGGACAACCUGCUGCCCGACGACGUGCGCUGCCUGAUCGUUGCCGAGGACGAGCUGGCCCGGUGCCAGCCGCUGGAGCGCAUCUUCCCCACCAACGGCACGCACAUCUACCUGCGCUACGUGGAGAACGCCCGCUACUACAACCGCCUGCUGGACGCCUGGGAGACGAAGUACGCCAAGAACCGGGAGGUGGGCAUCGCCCUGCUGUCGCGCUACUGCCGGGACAAGUACCACCUGCAGGUCUCGGACGCCGCCAUGGAGAAGGAACCCAAUGUGGCUCUUACCGAGAUCGAUAUGCUGCACGUGCGCAAGGAUGAGGUCCUGGACGGCGCCACCACGCUGGCCCUGCUCAAGCCCGCCGCCGUGGAGAGCGGCGAGGUGGUGGUGCCGCGUCCGGACGCCUGCAUCGAGAUCAAAUCCUGAGUUCGCCAGCCACAGUCGCCGCCGCAUAUCGAGAUCGUCAACAGAAAGUCGCCACUUCCGCCGCAUCCAUUUCCGUUCCCGCAUCCUGUUUAAAUUCACGCUGGACUUGUCUCUGCACAAUAAAGUUACUUAACUCCGA